CUGAAUGUCAGUCUGAAGCAACGACCUCCAUUCAACCUUUCGGCUGCCAAUUCGCCACUUUGCAGAGCUCACAGUGAAAACUAAAGUUGAAACUGCAGUCUCUCUCAACACCACACCAAAUUAAAACAAAUCUACAACAAAAUGACCACCUACUUCAACUACCCAUCCAAGGAAUUGCAAGAGGAGCUUAGCCGCAUUGCGCGCGCUAUUGUCGCUCCCGGCAAGGGUAUUCUCGCUGCUGAUGAGUCCGUUUCCACCAUGGGCAAGCGUCUGCAAGACAUUGGUGUUGAAAAUACCGAUGAACACCGUCGCUUAUACCGUCAGCUGUUGUUCUCCACCGACCCCAAAGUCGCUGAGAACAUUUCUGGUGUGAUUUUGUUCCACGAAACCUUGUACCAGAAGGCUGAUGAUGGCACCCCAUUCGUUGAGCUGUUGAAGAAGCGCGGCAUCAUCCCCGGCAUUAAGGUCGAUAAGGGUGUUGUGCCAUUGUUCGGCUCCGAAGACGAGUGCACCACUCAGGGUUUGGAUGAUUUGGCUGCCCGUUGCGCCCAAUACAAGAAGGACGGUUGCGACUUCGCCAAGUGGCGUUGCGUCUUGAAGAUCGGCAAGAACACCCCAUCCUACCAAUCCAUCUUGGAGAACGCCAACGUUUUGGCUCGUUAUGCCUCCAUCUGCCAAUCGCAGCGCAUUGUACCAAUUGUUGAACCUGAAGUAUUGCCCGAUGGUGAUCACGAUUUGGAUCGCGCACAAAAGGUUACCGAAACUGUAUUGGCUGCCGUAUACAAGGCAUUGAAUGACCAUCAUGUCUACUUGGAGGGUACUUUGUUGAAGCCCAACAUGGUGACAGCCGGUCAAUCGUGCGCCAAGAAAUACACACCCGAUCAAGUUGCGCUCGCCACCGUCGAAGCUCUGCGCAGAACUGUACCAGCUGCUGUUCCCGGCAUCACCUUCUUGUCUGGUGGUCAAUCUGAGGAAGAGGCUUCCGUGCACUUGAACGCCAUCAACAACGUGCCAUUGUUGAAACCAUGGGCUCUGACCUUCUCGUACGGUCGUGCCUUGCAGGCUUCCGUUUUGCGCGCAUGGGCCGGCAAGAAGGACAAUGUUACCGCUGGUCAAAAUGAGCUCUUGAAACGCGCGAAGGCUAACGGACUCGCCUGCCAAGGCAUCUACGAGGCUGGCUCGAUACCCUCCUUUGCGGCCAACGCCAGCUUAUUCGCUAACGGUGAAUCCGCUGUAGGCAAAUACGUUGCCGGCAGUGUGGUCGGCGCUGGUGCUGAUGCCGCACUCUUCAUUGCCAACCAUGCUUACUAAACAAAAAACAACAACAACAAUAAGUUAAAGCAUGAGUAGUGGGAGCGCUGAGCUUGCCGUAAGCGAGGGAGGAUUUGCUAAGUAGCACUAGAACUAGAGAGGAAAUACAGGCUUACGUUAAAUAGUGUCGAGAAGGAUUAUUGUUUGCAAUUUAUUUAUUAAGCAGAAAGUGACGCAGAUACAAAACAUAAGAGAAAUAUUAAAAAAAAAAACAACAAAUAUCCUACUAUAAAUUAGUAGAAAAAAACCAAAGCCGGAGGAACAACAACAACAAUUAAGAGUGUAAUACCAAAAAUGAAAGCAUAGACAACAAAUUUACACCAUGCGGCCUCUUCCUCCCCACCUGAUUGUUAUAAAUUUUUUAAACGAUAAGUGAAAAUGAACAAAAACUGCAGAAAAAACUAAAAUCCAAACGCAACAAUGCAUGCAACAAUAACAAUAACAACAAAUCUGCGCAAAUAAUUUGUUAAGUUUGUUUUACUGCUUUCGGAGAGGCUGGCCUGGCGAGGCGAUUUAGCGGCACACACUCUGCUAACCACGGCGGCGGAUGCGCACACAACCUAAGCGACAAAAGAACAACAACAACAUUGAGAAAAUACUAUUUGCGGUUACACUAAACAAAUUUAUUAUCAUUAUAUAUAUGUUUAAGUAAAAAAAA